UCACUGCAGAGAGAGAGAGAGAGAGAGAGAGAGAGAAAGAGAGAAGCGAAGGAAGAGCUCAGAAAUGGAGUUCAACCUGAGCGGCAACGCCUUGAAGACCUUCGCUCGCUCCAUCACCUGCCUCUCCCGCAUCGGCAACGACCUCGCUAUCCAAGCUUCUCCUUCCCAGCUUUCCUUUCACGCACUCAAUUCGUCAAGAUCUGCCUAUCAAAUGAUUACCUUCAAGCCAGACCUCUUUGAUGUGUUUACAGUAUCUGGCGCACAGGUUCAAUGCAGCGUGCUUCUAAAGGCUGUCUGUUAUGUCCUUAGAACACCUAUUACAAACAUUGAUUACUUGAGCGUGCAAUUACCAGACAUCAAUGCAUCAAAAGUUCAAUGGGCUCUGCAGUGCUUCAAUGGCAUUAAGAAAACAUACUGGAUUACUUGCAAUGUUGACCCCGACAUACAACAAUUAUCUCUGGAUAGGAGAAGAUACCCAAGCAAUUUUGUAGUGAGGCCUCGUGAUCUGAACAGAUUGCUUGCAAAUUUUCAGUCAUCCCUUCAGGAAAUUACUAUCAUUGCAACGGAACGCAACUCCGAUCCUUCUGAUGCUACAAGUGAACCCUAG